AUGGUGCGGGCAAGUGAAGAGGAGGAGUAUAGAUGCCCCGGUGAGAAGGUGCGAGAGGUUGUCCAUGGUGGGGCCGUGAAGAGGCAGGGUUUGUCACCUUAUCAUCUUGUCUUGUUGUCAUUUUUACUUGUUGAGUCUCCUUCUUUUACUUUUACAUCGAGUUGGGGCUCUAUCGGAAGUUGUGAGUUGGAUGUGUUAAACGAGUUUCUAAACUUAGGUGGAGAUGUUAUAUCAAGAGCUGCCUUUGGUAGCAAUAUUGAAGAAGGAAGGUCAAUUUUCCUACUUCAAAAGGAGCAGUGCGAACUAAUUUUGGCGUCUCCAUUCACCCUUUUCUUUCCCUCGCUAAGAUUUCUUCCUACGGCUUCAAACAGAAAAGCAAAGUACAUCCACAAGAAAGUUAUAUAUAUAUCUUUGAUACGAGGAAUAAUAGAGAAACGAGAAGAUGCUGUGCGAAGAGGAAUUUCAGACAAUGAUGAUAUUUUAGGCCUACUCCUAAAAGCAAGAAAUGCAGAUAACAAGUCUAAAGCAGGAGGAAUAACGACCGAGGAUGUGAUUGAAGAAUGUAAAGAAUUCUACUUUGCAGGUCAAGAUACAACCACAGCUUUGCUCUCUUGGACAAUGGUGGUCCUGAGCAUGCACCCCGAGUGGCAAGACAAAGCUAGGAAAGAAGUAUUUCAAGUCCUUGGGAAAAAUAAACCAAAGUUUGAUGACUUAAAUCAGCUAAAAUUAAUAAACAUGAUCUUCCAAGAGGUGUUGAGAUUAUAUCCAGCGAUAUUUCUUAUUCGAAGCACGUCAAAGAGCACCAAACUAGGAGACAUGACAAUUCCAGCAGGAGUACAAGUGUGCGUGCCUACUCAUUUGGUUCAUCGCGAUCCAGAAGUAUGGGGAGACGAUGCGUUAAUGUUCAAUCCAGAGAGGUUCUCUGAAGGGGUAUCGAAAGCUGCAAAAGAGCAGAUGUAUUUUCCGUUUGGUUGGGGUCCUCGGAUGUGCAUUGGGAUGAACUUUGGCAUGUUAGAAGCCAAGCUGAUUUUAUCUCAAAUUCUGCAGCGCUUUUGGGUUGAGCUCUCUCCUUCCUACACUCAUGCCCCUCUGUUGACUCUGAUUAUGAGACCUCAGUAUGGUGCUCAGAUAAUCGUCCACAAACUCUGACUCUUCGAGUUCGGGCUGGAGUUGUAAGUCGUACUAGUACUAGUUUUUGAAUAAAGGUUGAGAUGUACUCUGCCUACUCUAUUAUGCA